GUUCAAAACCCUUCACUUGCUAUUGAGUGCUGAGAAAGGCGCCAAAUACCGGUAAAAAUGAGAGCAUGCUGUAAUACGUGAAGAUGCGCCAGAGGUCGUGGCUCUUUAAAUGGUUGGGAAUCGGCAUUGGCGUUCUUCUGCUCACCGCUGCUAGCUAUUCUGAAGAUUCAGAUGACUGGCAGUAUGAGGAGUGCAAGCUCUCCAGAACAGGCCCGCCUGCAACCAUUGUAGCCAUAGAUGAGGAGAGUCCAAAUGGAACCCUUCUGGUGGAGAACAUGCAGAUAAAUGGGAGAGCAGAAGACCCUGACAGGACCAUUUCUUUAUCAUUACGGGACAACCACGACUACUGGGUCAUUCUGGACCCGGUCAAGCAACGCCUGUAUCUCAACAGCACCGGACGACUUCUGGACCGAGAUCCUCCCUCCUACAUUCAGUCCAUUGUGGUGCAGGUUCAGUGUACUAAUGAGCUUGUUGGCACGGUGAUCCUACACGAGGUGCGGAUAGUCGUACGAGAUCGAAACGACAACACCCCACGCUUUCAGCAGCCGCGCUACUAUGUAGCGAUUAAUGAGUUUCUGGAGAGCAUCUACGUCACCAACAUUCUGGAGCACACGUUAUUAGAAAGCACAAACAGGACAUUCGACAUCCCUCUCACCCUGUCUGGAUCAGUGGUUCUGAGAGAGAGGCUGAAUUAUGAAGAGAUCACACGCUACCUGGUCAUCGUUCAGGCCAACGACCGAGCUCCAAACCCAAAGGACCGGCUCACCGCCACCACCACGCUCACGGUGGAUGUGUUGGACGGGGAUGACCUGGGCCCAAUGUUUCUGCCUUGCAGCCUGGUAGACAACACCCGUGACUGCAAACCUCUCACGUACCGCGCCAGCAUCCUGGAGCUCACAGAUCCGGGCCGAGUAAACCCUGUCAACGUGACUCCUCCCAUUCAAGCUGUGGAUCAAGACAGAAACAUCCAGCCUCCGUCAGACCGCCCGGGAAUCCUGUACUCCAUUCUCAUCGGCAAACCUGCGUCAUAUGCAGAGUAUUUCUCCUUGAAUCAAACCACAGCUGAGCUUCAACUCCUGAAACCCAUCAGCAGGGAACAGUACCAGCAUUUGGACUUGGUAAUCAAG